UCAUCAUCAUCGUCAUGUAAUGUUGUGUAAACUGAGCUAGCUCUUACAAACCCCUUAACAAACACACGUGCGAAAGCUCUGCUCUCCUGUUAGAGUUGUAGGAUAGCUGUAACUCCCGCACUGUUAUAAAACUAAAAAACUCGAAGGGAUGUGUGUGUUCAUGGAAGACUUAUUGGAUGCUGAGAAGCUUUAGCAGACAUCAUGAAUCGCGCAAGUCCUGCCCCUGCAGCCAGUAAUGGCAUUACUCCACUCCAACAGAUGGCGGCGUCCUGCUCCGGAGCCAUCCUCACCUCUCUGAUCGUCACACCUUUGGAUGUUGUGAAGAUCAGACUUCAAGCACAGAAGAAUCCCUUCCCCAAAGGUAAAUGCUUCGUCUAUUGUAAUGGAUUGAUGGACCACAUAUGUGUGUGUGAGAACGGCAACUCCAAGGCCUGGUACAAAGCCCCUGGACACUUCAACGGCACACUGGAUGCCUUCGUCAAGAUUGUACGCCGUGAGGGAAUAAAGGCAUUAUGGAGUGGUCUACCUCCAACCCUUGUGAUGGCAGUCCCAGCUACAGUGAUCUACUUCACGUGUUACGACCAGCUGUGUGCAGCGCUCAGGGUCAGGAUGGGCACCUACGCUGAGGAGGCUCCUCUCCUGGCAGGAGCUAUCGCUAGAGUGGGUUCGGCGACAGUGAUCAGCCCUCUGGAGCUGAUCCGCACUAAGCUGCAGUCUCAGAAACAGUCGUACAGGGAGCUGACUGACUGCAUCCGCUCAGCAGUGGAGACAGAGGGCUGGCUGUCGGUGUGGAGAGGUUUGGGACCCACGCUGCUCCGUGACGUGCCCUUCUCGGCCAUGUACUGGUACAACUAUGAGAGGGGCAAGAGCUGGCUGUGUGAACGGUACAACACCAGAGAACCCACAUUCACCAUCACCUUCAUAGCUGGAGCGGUGUCUGGCUCAAUUGCGUCCAUUGUAACGUUACCAUUUGAUGUUGUCAAAACGAGAAGGCAAGUGGAGCUGGGAGAGCUACAGGCAAAGAAUUUGUCAUCUCAGGUGUCAUCUUCCACCUUCAGUGUGAUGAGCAGGAUUGUGGCACGGGACGGCUUUGGUGGACUGUUUGCCGGUUUCCUCCCCAGGCUGAUCAAAGUGGCCCCAGCCUGUGCCAUCAUGAUCAGCACUUAUGAGUUUGGAAAGGCUUUUUUCCGCAAACACAACCAGGAGGAUACUCAGGCCACUGCAGACCAGUAACACCUGAAAGUUUUCCAGUCACUUCUCUCCAAACCAAACACCACUACGACUACUGCUAGAUUAUACCUUUAUGGAAAAAGCUAAUAUUGCCAAAUUUUAAAAAAACAAGCAGGAAUGGGGGUGAAAAAAAUAAACAGCUUGACCCUUUUCUACAAUACAAAUUAUAGAUGAUCAAAAUUUAUAUUAAAAGCUUUUUAUUAUAUUA